AUGGAAAAAUUCGACGUGCUCAUCUGUGGCAGUGGCUCUGCGGGGCUCUGCGCUGCGACCUGGCUGGCGCGCUAUGGCGUGCGGUGCAAGGUGUUGGAGCGCCGCGAUGGUCCAAUGAAGAUGGGCCAGGCGGAUGGCGUGCAAUGCCGGACCGUCGAGAUCUUUGAGAGUUUUGGUAUUAGCGAGGAGCUUCUGCGAGAGGCCUACCAUGUCGUCGAGGUGAACUUCUGGGCCGACAAUGGCACCGGCGCCAUCAAGCGCACUGGACGGACGGCGGAUACCCAGCCGGGGCUCUCGCACCAGCCGCAUGUCAUCCUGAACCAGGCGCGCAUCAACGGCCUGCUCAUUGAGCUGAUGCAGAAGUUCAACAACCAGCAAAUCGACUAUGGGUACAAUGUCUCGUCGGUGCAGGUGGACAGCGCGGCCGCGGCCGACUCGGAGGCCUACCCCGUCAUAGUCACCGCAGAGAAAAAUGGGAAGACGGAGACAUUCGCUGCGAAAUAUGCAUUGGCUUGUGAUGGGGCCCACAGUAUCGUCCGCAAAGCGCUGGGAUUCAAGAUGGUCGGGGAUAGCAGUGAUGCUGUCUGGGGUGUGAUGGACAUGGUGCCCCGGACCAACUUCCCCGACAUCCGCAAAAAGUCGACGAUUCGCUCCCAGUCAGGCAAUCUCCUGAUCAUCCCCCGUGAGGGCGACAGCACCAACUUGACUCGAUUCUAUAUCGAGCUCGCGCCGGGAACCAACCCGAAGGAUGUGACCUUGGCGAAUCUGCAGCGCCAAGCACAAAGUAUCUUCCAACCAUACCAAGUCGACUUUGUGGAGACCGUCUGGUGGUCAGCCUACUCGAUCGGCCAGCGCCAUGCCGACUACUUCCACAAGGACUACCGGGUCUUCCUGGCCGGUGACGCCUGCCACACCCACUCGCCCAAGGCCGGCCAGGGUAUGAAUGUCAGUCUGCAGGACGGGUAUAACAUUGGCUGGAAACUCGGCGAGGUCCUGACUGGUCUGGCCUGCCCGUCCCUGCUCGAGACCUACGUUCUGGAGCGGAGAAAGGCCGCGAUCGAUCUCAUCAAUUUCGACCGCUACUUCUCCAAACUCUUUUCCUCCGGGGCGAGCACAUCCCCUGCUGAAUUUCAAGAAGGCUUCAUCCAGUCCGGCAAAUAUACUGCCGGAUUGACAGCCAAGUACGAUGUGUCUCCCCUGACCACUGCCAUGGAGUCCACCCAGCUGGCCUCGAAUGUCCAUGUCGGUAUGCGCCUGCCCAGCGCACAGGUUGUGCGAUUCUGCGAUUCGAAGCCCUUGCAGCUUAUGAGGGCACUCAAAUCGGAUGGCCGGUGGCGCAUCAUGGCUUUCGUUGGCGAUCUGGCCGUUGCAGAGAAUCAGGCCAAGCUGAACAGGCUCGGAGAGUAUCUCUCAUCGCGUGAUGGGCCCGUUUACACCUUCACUCCCAAGUCUCAAGAUGCGGACAGUCUGAUUGAGGUCGUCGUGAUCGGUCAUGGAAAGCGCCACGAUGUUGAGCUGGAACAGAUUCCGCAAUGUUUCUAUCCAGUUGCGGGCAUGAACCAAACAAGAGAUCUUCACAAAAUUUACUACGACGAUGAGAGCUACAACAAGGGCCAUGGCCAGGCAUAUGAGUUCUUGGGCAUCGAUCCGAAGCAAGGAGCCCUCAUUAUCGUCCGGCCGGAUCAGUAUGUGUCCGCCGUGCUAGACGUCAAUGACUAUCCCGAGAUCGGCAGGUUCUUUGCAGCCUUCCUUAAACCCCAGGCAUAG